AUGGAUUAUUUACAAGAAGAAAUUGUUGACCCACUCAAGAAAUUCACUAAAGAUUCUGUAAGAUUAGUAAGAAGAUGUACCAAACCAGAUCGUAAAGAAUAUCAAAAGAUAGCAACUGCUACCGCUGUUGGAUUUGCCAUUAUGGGAUUUAUUGGUUUCUUUGUCAAACUUAUUCAUAUUCCUAUUAACAACAUUAUUGUUGGAGCUUAA